AUGGAGAACUCCCGCCCACCUUUCACUCCAACAACAACCACCACCAGCUCUUCUUCAUUUUCAACUCUGGAUAGUUCAUCAUCUUUGUCGUACUAUUAUCCGGCGGUUCAGAACCCACCACCACACCCUUCCCGGCAGCAGCAGCCCUUUUUGCCAUGGAACUUUCCAGUCUAUCCCUCUCCAGUCCCAAACCCUUACUGGCAGCAGCAGCCCUUUUUGCCAUGGCACAUUCCAGUCUAUCCCUCUCCAGUCCCAAGUCCGGCUGUCGAUGCAAGUGUAUCCAGGGCUGCGAGGGAGGAGAGAAGAAUGGCACGCCAACAAAGAAGAUUUAUUCUGAGCACAAGAAAUGAUGCUCAUGCCGCAUCUCCUUCUUCGAGAAUGGGAGGAGAGAGGGAUGCAACUGAUGCUGGUUCUGAUGCACAGAACAACGAACAAGACCUCUACUUGUUCUGCACGCCGGGUCAGUGGAAACUGAGAUUUUUGUUCAAAAAGGAGAUCAAGAAGAGUGAUGUUGGAUCUUGGGGCAGGAUUGUCCUUCCUAAGAGGGAGGCAGAAAAAUACCUUCCCAGCCUCUCUGACAAGGAAGGAAUCGAGUUGAUGAUCAAGGAUGCCCUCUCAAAUCAAGAGUGGGGUUUGACAUACAAGUAG